AUGUUUUACUCGUCCAAAGGAGUGGAGAACUUGGAUUCUGGUUGCGGAGUAUACGCACCGGACGCCGAGUCGUACACUCUGUUCGCUGAGCUGUUCAAUCCGGUGAUUGAGGACUAUCACGAAGGCUUCAAGUCUACUGACAAACACCCGCAGACCGACUUCGGCGAUCUCAACACUCUGGUUAACGUCGACCCCAACAACGAGUUUGUCAUCUCUACUCGUGUCCGAUGCGGUCGCAGUCUUCAGGGCUAUCCAUUCAACCCAUGCCUAACCCAAGCGGUCGGUUACGAGAUUCAACAAUACCAAGAGAUGGAGGACAAAGUGAAGGGUCAGUUGACUACUUUGAGCGGCGACUUGAAGGGCACUUACUUUCCGCUCACCGGAAUGGAUAAGAAGACUCAACAGCAGCUCAUCGACGAUCACUUCCUCUUCAAGGAAGGCGACAGAUUCCUUCAGGCUGCUAACGCGUGCCGAUACUGGCCGACUGGUCGGGGCAUCUAUCACAACGACGCCAAGACUUUCCUCGUUUGGAUCAACGAAGAGGAUCACUUGCGUAUCAUUAGUAUGCAAAAGGGCGGUGACUUGAAGGAGAUCUUCACCCGUUUGGUGACAGCCGUGAAGACCAUCGAAGCGAAGAUUCCGUUCUCGCGAGACAAUCGUUUGGGUUUCUUGACGUUCUGUCCGACCAAUUUGGGCACUACUAUCAGAGCCAGUGUUCACAUCAAUUUGCCUAAACUGGCCGCCGAUCGCAAGAAGCUGGAAGAGGUGGCCGGCAAAUACAACCUCCAGGUCAGAGGCACUCGCGGUGAGCACACCGAGAGCGAGGGCGGCGUCUAUGACAUCAGUAACAAACGCCGUAUGGGUUUGACUGAAUACCAGGCCGUGCGGGAGAUGCAGGACGGCAUCCUCGAGCUCAUCAAAAUCGAGAAAUCCCUCUAAACCUCUUCGGCUAACACUUCUUCUCCGACAAAAACCAAAUCAAUAUAUAUUAAGCGCUCUAUAAUUCUAUAUAUAAGUCAACGAUACUUUUGCUUUCAAUUAUUUUUAGUCACAAAUCACACGAAACAAAAAGGUUUACAAAAA